AUGUACGCCAAACUCAGCGUCGCCAUCACCGCCCUCGCCGCCGGCGUCUCCGCCGCGCCCUCCACCCUCGUCGCCCGCUACGGCGACUCCUAUACCUUCUACACCGGCGACGGCUCCACCUCCCGCGGCUGGCCCGCCCAGUCCGCCUGGGGCUCCUUCGACCAGCUCUGGGCCUCCAACCUGCCGCUCAUGCAGAAGUCGUGCGGCUGGAACGGCUGGGGCGCCGACAACUCCGGCGCCGAGAUCGCCGCCCUCAAAAACGCCAUCAACCAGGUCGCCGGCGAGACCGGCGUGGACAGGCGCUUCGUGCUCUCGGUGGUCAUGCAGGAGAGCAAAGGGUGCGUGCGCGCGCCGGUCACGGACAACGGCGUGCGCAACCCGGGGCUGAUGCAGUCGCACAACGGCGCGGGGUCGUGCGCGGGCAGGGACCCGUGCCCGGCGAGCGAGAUCACGCUGAUGAUCCGCGACGGCACGGCGGGGACGGCGUCGGGGGAUGGGCUGAAGCAGACGCUGGCGAAGGCGCAGAGCGCGACGGGGGAUAGUGGAGGUCGCAAGUUCUACGCGGCGGCGAGGCUGUACAACAGCGGCUCGGCGGACUACGGAAACUUGAAUGACGGCAAGGGCAGCACGCCGUGCUAUGCCACGGAUGUCGCCAAUCGCCUGACCGGCUGGACUCUGGCUCCUUCCAAGUGCCGCGCCUAA